AUGACGGACAUAUGGGUCAAGGUUGUAGACAGCGAUGGUCAAUUUCUGCUCGUCGAGGCUGCAGGAGCCCUCCCUGCUUGGCUGGAACCCGACAUUGCCGAUAACCGCGUAUGGAUAAACCAGGGUAAACUCGUCAUCAUCAAACCGAAGAACGAGAAGAAAUCCAACGUCACCGAGAAGAUAUCGCUUGCUGAAGCCCAGAAAAUCAUCAUGGAGGAACCAGGACGUCUGAUGCGAUCUACCAUGAUCCAGGAGGAGGCUUUCUACCGUCUACGGAACUACCCGAAGCAAAUCAGCGAGAAUCUCCAUUCCGCCAUGAUCACCAUCCCUCGAAAAAUCGCGUUCCUGCUGCAUCAGAAACCGGCCUACAUCUCCCCCGCGGUGGAGGCAUUCUACCUUAGAGACCCGAUCGCCUUAAGGCCCCUUCGAUCCAAAGACCCCGAAAACUACAUAUUCAAGCCUGAAGACUUCGUUACAGUCAGUGUGCGAUUUACGAGAGUCGGCUACGCUCAGCUCAAAAGCCAAGAUUUUCCAGCACCCAAAUCCUGGAUUGGACACCUACCUUCCAAGGAUGACAAUAAGGCAUAUGAAAGAGCGGAGAUGGGGAUGAAACUGUCAUGUGGUUUUGAAAUGCUCCUUACUGACCCUCAGAAUCAAGACAAGGUUCUGGUGAGAGAGAUGAAACUCCUUCUGGAAGACGUCGAUACCGGGGAUGAGUCCCUCCCUACUGAUGCAGAGAUCGACUCAUGGGACAAGCGGGAAGACGAUGAAAAGUGGCUUGAUAUCAGCUUUGAAGACCUCGAUCGGGAGUUGAAGGGUAAGGGUAAGGGCAAUGAAGCAGGGCAAGCAACGGGUGCCUUUGGUGACGCCAAUGCCCAAGAAAACCUGCAACGCAUUGUGGCACAUUUUGAGAAGUUCCUCAACGAUGAAUCAGCCGGGUUUGAAGGGGCUGACUUCAUUGAUGAUUAUGGGUCAGACUCGGAUGAGGAGGAGCUGAGCAGCGACGAUGGCGAAGAUAAAGAGGCCUCUUUCGAUGACGAGGAACUAUCAAAGAUGAUGAAAGAGAUGAUGGGUAUGCCAUCAAUGCCUGGGUUGCAAGGCUCGUCGCAGCCAUCAAUGUCGCGCAGCCGAAUCCAAGAGCUGGAUAAUGAUUCCGAUGACGAACUCGAGCAAAUCCAAAAACUGUCAAAGGAGAUGGAGGCAGAGCUUAGAGGGACAGGAGCCCUCGACCUAAAUCAGGCUCGAAGCAAGUCCAAAGGCAAACAAACUUUGUCCGAUGGAAAGUCUGGAGAAAGCCACGAAGACAAUGACGACGUACCCGAUCUUGAAGGUGAAGACAUCGACAUCAAUCUUGCAAAGAAUUUGUUGGAAAGCCUUCAGAGCCAAGCAGGCGCAGCAGGCCCUGCGGGUAAUAUGCUUUCCAUGAUGAAUCUGCGCAUGCCUAAAGAUGACCGCGGCCGGUGA